AUGUCGCUUCGAAUCAAUGCAACGAAUCAACCGUUCUGGUUUUAUUUACCACCUAAUAUUCUGCCAUUAUUAUUGUCAUUAUUAUCAGUUCUACUUUCCAGUCAUGAAAUAGAGGCAUCAAUUUUUGAACAGGCUAGUCGAAGCCGUUGUGAACCAAUUGAAAUACCUCUUUGUAAAGACAUUCCUUACAAUUACACUUUCUCUGCCAACUCGUUGUUACAGCCUGACCAGCAAAGUGUUAGUUUGACAUUUGUGGUAAUUAUUCAAGAUAGAUACUUACAAACUCAUACUGAACAUUUCAAACCGCUCAUUAAAACCAAAUGUAAUCCGCACAUUAAAUUCUUCAUCUGCAGUGUAUUCGCACCAAUGUGUCCUGAACAUAUGCCUCAGGCCGUAACUAGUUGCCGUUCUGUAUGUGAGAAGGUAUGCUCAAAUUCACUUACUUGA